GCUGGCACGCCGAGGACCCCACGCAGCUUAGCGUCGACCAGGGCGAGUUUGUACGCGUUUGGAUCGACACCAGCACCGACAACGGCUGGAUCCACGCAGACCGCGCCACGGACGAGGCGCAGGUAGGCUGGCUGCCAGUGGUCGUGCUCCAGGAGAUCGACGAAG